AUGGCGGACGUGCUGGUGUCCCCGGGCGUUGCACCGCAGCGGGUCGGCACGCUGGAGCCUGCCCGCAGGUCACAGUCUCUGGUAUGGGAAGGUGACUGGAGGACAGAUAUUUUCAUGGCCUCAUUGAAAGAGAUGGACAAAGGCAAUCCUGUGAAGCUUGUUCUGACUGUCAAUGGACAGCUGCUCAGAGGUGUCUCCAGCAGUACGCCCGCCCGCCCCUUCCUCGUCCCAGAGACCACCCAGUCGCCAGUGCUCCCAGCACAUGAUAUGCCCCUUGGACAGGACCUGGAGGGUCCCACUGUGGUUAAGAGUCAGAGCUCAGAGGUGACUGCUAGAGCAUCCAGGCCUGGGAGGAAGGACAUACACCCACCACAGAGGACCCUGAAGCCACCAUCUGGCAAGGUGGAACCCAGUGAGGCCUGGAGGCAGAGUCCUGUCCACCCCAAGAAGCCCAGGAAAGUUUUAUUUGAACCCACAGCAUCUGAGAGAGAUCUCAAUGAAGAAGAUCUGGCGGUGGAGGAGUUGCAAGGCAGCCCCAGCCCACGGUGGUGCCAUGCCAUGUGCCUCAGUGACCUAAGGACAGCUGUUCUGAUCGGUGGAGAAGGUGUCGAUCAGCAGUCCUGCAAGGAUGCACUCUGGAAGCUGGAAAUUGACAGUGAUUUCUGGCUUCCAGUGGGUUUCCAGCUACAAAAUGCCAUGCCAUCGUGCUUGCAUGGUCACACAGCUACCUACGACCCAGACACCAAACGUAUCUACGUUGUUGGGGGCAUAAGGGAGGACAAAGACUACAGCAGCAUCUACAUUCUGGACACAGUCACCUGGAAAUGGCUCCUUGUGGCUGCUAAAGGGAGGACGCCAGUGCUCACCUACCACAGCGCAACUGUCUACCGCAAGGAGCUCUUUGUUUUCGGAGGGACUUUCCCCAAAAAGGCAUCACUGGCACUUGGACCCUGUAGCAAUGUGCUCUAUGUCUUCAAUCCAGAGCAUGAAAUUUGGUAUCAGCCCAUCUCUGAAGGGGAGAAGCCACUGCCUAGGCUUGGGCAUUCAGCUACUCUACUGAAGAACAAGCUGCUCAUUUUUGGGGGUCGGAGGACUUCUUUCUACCUCAGUGACAUGCACAUCCUGGAUCUGGGUUUCAUGGAGUACACACCAGUCCCCCUCCUCGCAGGACAGCCUUCUGCACGUUGUUUUCAUGCAGCUCUGGCAGUGUCGGACCAGAAGGUUCUGAUCAGUGGAGGUUGCAAUGCCAGGGGAGCCCUGCAGGAUGCCUUUGUCUUCCACCUAGCUGGCCACACAUUGCUUGACUUGACUCCUGCCCACCUGAUGGAUGUGGACAAGGAGAACAAAGAGGAGCAUAACCUGCACACAGUGUUGGUCUUUGGGGGCUCCAACUGCGCUGGGACCUUUUACAAUAGCACGGUCAAGAUCCAGCUGGACCUAGGAUAA